AUGGCUCCCGAAGAAAUCCCUCUAAGAAACCUUAACACCCACUUCCCCGCGGCUCCCAAACACAUUUGUGCAUCCUCUCGCUGCCGUGACUGCGCAUUUGAAGCUGGAACUUUUAUCCGCGGUGGCCAAACUGUGCUUAGUCCAUGGCUUAUGGUUGGUGGAGUAGCUACUUCAGUUUGCUCUGAUGUGGAAUUCAUCAUGCCAAACCAGGCGCAAGAAGGAGACUUGUUAGUCCUCACAAAACCACUGGGAACGCAGGUUGCAGUGAAUAUCCGCCAAUGGAUGCUGGAUGGACAUAGUUUUUGGACCUCAAACUUGUGUAAUGCGAUAAGUAUGGAGCAAGUUCAGAGUCUGUUUCAUGCUGCCACCAUGUCUAUGGCCCGCUUAAACCGGACAGCUGCGCGUUUGAUGCACAAAUACGGCGCACAUGGAUGCACUGACGUAACCGGAUUCGGGCUGCUCGGGCACGCAGAUAACCUGGCUCGUUUCCAGACUAACCCAACGAUCGGCUUCAAACUGCACUCUUUGCCUGUUUUGGCACAUACUCUGGAGCUAUCUCGCUUGCUAAAUGAUCGGUUCAAACUGACUGUGGGAUUGUGCCCAGAAACUUCAGCCUUUAAUGUCCGUACUCUGUGUCAAAUUGGGCAACGGGCAUCCCUUGCUGAAACCUUACUUUCCCUCUCUAUCGAUGUAUCUUGUGUCUUUGAAACACGCAUACAAGACCGCACUUCGGUGGCGCUCCUCAAGCCGCUUAGGACGAGCCCAGAUGUUCCACAUUUCACUCUUCGGGCAUCCAGUGAUCCCGACGCAAUGGCUCAUGGUAUCUACGACGUGGGAAUUGCACUGAGGCCCAAGGCUGAAAGCGCCUUAGUGGACUGGAUUCCAGUAAACACUCACCUUUCUGUCGUGCGGCUGUCUGGCUCAAUUAAGAUCAAUGCAGGUCGAUGCGGUAGGCGAUGUUUGUUUGUCGUAUCAGCAUGCACCCCAACAGAUAGCAGUUCUGAGACUGAGAAGCACGAGUUUUAUCAAGAUCUCUCACGACUGCUUCGGUCGGCAAGAAGGACGGAUAUACUGAUCAUGGUGGGUGAUAUGAAUGCCCGAUUUGGACGACUAAUUCCGGAAGAAGCACAGUUAGGUGGUGGAUUUGAAGUCGAUGCUGAGCUUACGGAUAAUGGAUAG